AUGCUCCAGUUUCUGAUGAAGUGUGGGUUUACUUUGGGCAACGUGGUUGAAAUAUACCUAGCUCAGAACUAUGACAUGUCAAACCUGGUUAAAAACAAACAAAUAAAAAUACUUCAAUACAUUAAAAAGGACCUGGAAGCCAAGAAGAAAGCCCCACGUUCCUGA